AGCUCAAAGCGGCUGACGUUUCAUUGCUGGAACAACUCACGAGAUCCAUCCAUGUUUUGACUCUUAAAUUCGCAUAGCCAAUUGUGAAUUGUAUGGUGUUUUGUCGACGGUGGAUUUGUGCAUAGUUGUUUGUGUAUAUUUUUUGGAAAAUUUGUUGGGACUUUUGACCACUUAGACGGGGAGACGACGAGGGCAGUGGUUGGAUGAAUUCGAGACUGUACCGUAGACUGUGAUACUUCGAUCCACGCCCGAGUUAUCGUGCGAUUCGAAAGGUACCCCUGGGUGCGUUACGGCAACGAUAAAUCACUCGUGAGUGAUUAUGUUAACAGACAGAAUUUAUUGAUUUUUUCAACGCAUACGUAUGGAGCUUUAUUUUUAUAUUUUUCUGUAAUUAAACUCGAUGAUGUUCAUCGAUAUGCCAGGUUCUUUGGGAUGAAAAAAUGCGUGCUCCGUCAAACUCAACGAUAUUGAAUUAAAACAGAGUUUUCGAAAAGCGGUAUAAAAGUGUUUUUUCGAGGCAAGAGCAGCCCGGCGAGCGAGAAGGCUCCGGGGUUCGAGCAACAGAGAGAGUUGAGCUCGAUGCCAGAGGCUUCCGGAUCGGGGGUUGGAUUGGGCGUGAUGGGGGUUGCCGAUGAGCCGGACUAUUCGACCUUCGAGAACAGGGCUGGUCUCGCCGAGGACAUGAAGUUCCUGGCGAGUAUGCCAGAGCUCUGUGACGUGACUUUCCUGGUUGGUGAUACCAGGGAACCUGUGUGUGCUGUAAAAGCGGUUCUCGCCGCCAGAAGUAGGGUGUUUCACAAAAUGCUGUACCAGGCACCGAGCCCUCAGCGCAAAAAGGAGCAACCGUCGCGUGAAAAAUUGCGUUUCUUCAUGAAAAGAAACUCUGAGUCGUUGUUGAACAUUCAAAACUCGACGCAACAGCGGUCAGGGUUCACCCAGCAGUUGGCUCCCAUCCACGAGGUUAAUCAACAUCAUACUCUUAUUAUCGAAGAGUUUGAGCCCGACGUAUUUCGUCAAUUGAUCGAGUACAUUCACACGGGAUGCGUGACGCUGCAGCCGAGGACUUUGCUGGGUGUGAUGAAUGCCGCGGACUAUUACGGCUUGGACGAAUUGAGAAAAGCCUGCGCGGGUUUCGUCCAGUGUUGUAUAACAGUCGAUACAGUUUGCGCUUUGCUGGCAUCCGCGGAGCGGUACAUACAAUACAAAUGUACAAAGUCUCUUGUACAAAAGGUUCUGGAAUUCGUGGAUGAACACGGUAACGAGGUUCUCAAUCUCGGUUCUUUUACUCGUUUGCCACAACACGUCGUACGACUUAUUCUCCGCAGGGAGGAAUUACGUGCCGACGAGUUUACGAAGUUCCAGGCUGCUCUUAUGUGGAGUAAAAAAUAUUGCGACAACAACGAGAACGACAAUCUGAAAGAUGUGCUUGGUAAUUUCUUAGAGUUCAUACAGUUUCACAAGAUUCCAACAAGAGUCCUUAUGAACGAAGUUCGUCCUCUUCAACUCGUUCCGGAAAGAACAAUGGUGAUCGCCGUGGCCUAUCAGGCAGACCCGAACAGUGUCGACCCCGGAAAGCUCUCCCCCUACAGAGUGAGGCAUCAGGGACGAAGUAUGUCUGUGCAAUCGUCGCUUGAUCCUUAUGGUAGCAAUACGACAUUGAGCUCGUCAGGGAGCGAUGUUGGAUCGGACCAGAAGCAGCAUUCUGGUAGCAACUAACCUCCGGCCCCGGCCGCCUUGACGGCGGCCGUUGCGGACGAAACCUCCGCAGAGAUGGAAAGGGUCGUGGAAAAUGCUACGACUCCGGAGAAACGGACGGGAAGAAUGAGAACACCGGAAACGCCAAUA